GGAAGCGGCGUCUGUGUGUCAGGUCCGUGUGAAGGUGCUGACCCAACUGAGACCCCCCCAGAGACCCCCCCAGGCUGAAGCGUUGUGUCCCCGGGGGAAGGAGAUUAACUGUCACUUUGCUGCAAUCACACACCCGGAUCCUCCUACAGACCGUGUGAUUGGGUGCACUGACGUUCUCUCCCGGCCCAUGAUUGGAUAACCACACAAGCAAGUGACCCAAACCAGAAAGGCAGAAUUCCAUCAGCGAUCCAAUGGAGCCGGAACAGCAACAGCUGCGCAAUCUACGGGACUUCCUGCUCGUUUAUAACAAGAUGACGGAACUGUGUUUCAGCCGCUGCGCAAAGAAUCUCAACUACCGCUCAGUAACCAUGGAGGAGGAGCAGUGCCUUGACAGCUGCGCAUCCAAAUUCAUCCGCUCCAACCACCGCCUGAUGGGCGCCUACGUGUCCCUGAUGCCCAGCGUUGUGCAGCGCCGAUUGGCUGAGUAUGAGGGGGCCGCCAGUAGUGUGCCAGAGCUGCCUUCACAGGAGGCGGAGCUAAGUGCCAAUGACUUGCCCCCCGCUGCCCCCGCUGCUCUGGGCUCUGGCUCUGACUAACCAACCUACAGACAAUACUGGACUCCAUGUCAAGCUAACCUGUGGGGCAAUAACAGGCUGACCUGUGGGGCAAUAACAGGCUGACCUGUGGGGCAAUAACAGGCUGACCUGUGGGGCAAUAACAGGCUGACCUGUGGGGCAAUAACAGGCUGACCUGUGGGGCAAUAACAGGCUGACCUGUGGGGCAAUAACAGACCUGUGGGGCAAUAAACAGGCUGACCUGUGGGGCAAUAACAGAAGAAGGUACCAAGGGGCAAUAAAAUAUAAUGGAACUUGCUCACUGCCGCCUUGGGCACCCCCCCAGUGUCCCCUUGGCUUCCAGUCUGUGCUUGGGCUUCGUACUGUGCGCCAGGUUGUUGUGUGACCCCAGUUAUUUUUGGGGUGGGGCCCCCCCAGUGUGAAGGGUCGGUACCGGCUGUGGCUUUAGCCACUAUUGCAAUAAACCUUUGUUUUUAUUUCU